GACGAGUGUUCACGGCAACAUUGAUUCUGAUGUGAAGGCCAUUUGAAAAUGGCGACCUUCCUUAGGACAGCCGUGAGAGCUAGGAAUUUACUUGCUGUUUCUCGCCAGAGUAGACGGCUUGUUCAACCUUCCUUAUGGAUUUCGACUUCUAAGAAAAAUAAAGAUGGGAUAAAUGCAACAAUUGAAGAAAUCGACACUAGUAGAGAAGAUGAACUUAAGCGGUUAGAGGAACAUUUUGCAGAUCAGGACCCAAAUUCUGACAAGAAUUGGAUGUCUUUCGGACAUGAUGAAGUUGACCGAGACUACGACACCUUCGCUCACAACAUGACACUGUUUACUAGUGUAACUCUGUCUGUGGUUCUGAUUUUCUUCUUCAGCUAUUGUCCUGAUCACAAAUUAAAUGACUGGUCUAUGAGAGAAGCACAUUUAGAGUUGGCGAGGAGAGAAAAGCUUGGUCUGCCGUUAAUAGACAGAAAUAUAGUGGAUCCAUCCAAUAUCGUAUUACCCCCAGAGGAGGAACUCGAAGGCGUUCGUAUCCGACUGUAGAAAGACUAAAUGUGUACAUAGAUUGUGUCUUAAAUGUAUUAAUGGUGACGUUACAAUUGAUUGACAAAAUUAAAAAAGACAAAAAAAACAU